CUUCCCUCCCAAUUCCCCCCCCCCUCUCUCUCCCUCACCUAAACCUAAUUCUUUUGAUUGUCAGAGAGGUACCAAGGAGAGGGUGAAGAAGAAAUAAAAAAUAUCAUUAGUGUCUUUUGAAUUUUGAUUGUUAAUUUGGGAGUAGUGAAGGAAGAAGUAGAAGAAAUUAAAGAAGAUGACUCCAGCUAAUUUGACAGGGCAGUUUGGUGACACCACAUACACUAAGGUGUUUGUGGGAGGGCUGGCAUGGGAGACUCACAAGGAUACCAUGAAGAAGUACUUUGAGCAAUUCGGUGACAUCUUGGAGGCUGUCGUAAUCACUGAUAAGGCCACUGGCAGAUCUAAAGGCUAUGGAUUUGUAACGUUUCGUGAACCGGAUGCCGCCAUGAGAGCUUGCGUUGAUGCUGCUCCAGUGAUCGAUGGGAGAAGGGCUAAUUGCAACCUUGCUUCUUUGGGUGUUCAAAGAUCCAAACCCUCUACUCCAAAGCAUGGCAGGAAUUUUAGGGUAAUGAGCACAUUUCAAACAGGGUUUGGAGGUGGAGUCGGAACUGCAACAGCUUUUGCUUCGGCAGCAACCUUUCCCCCUCAUUAUGCCAUCCAACAAGGGAUCCCUUGUAAUGUUUAUGGGUACUCUUCAUACUCGCCAGAUUACUCUAAUUACCCCACGAGCUACUAUAAUGUGUAUGGAGGGGCCACAGCACAGUUUCCAAUGUACGGUGCUGGACCGGGUGGGUUGAUUACUGGCACGGGAACAACAUUCUAUCCCUAUCUUCAAUUCGGAGAAGGAACCGGGGGUGGAGCCACUGCCUACUCUUCCGGCCAAGGAUAUGGUCUCCAGUAUCCACAUCACCUCUUUCAGUUCUCAACUGGGAGUUACCCACAGCACUAUGGCGCGCCCAUGUCUCUUGCACCCACUCCACCCUUACAAUCAGUGUGUUUUGCUAAUCCACAGGCGUGACCAUGCCUCUUCAUGCACCUGCAAUUCCACAUCGUUGAGAGACUCAUUCCAAAAUAGCUAGCUACUCCAAAAAUACUCAGUUGCUCUAAAUUCUCUGCCUUUGGUCUAACCAUGGUUCUCUUUCUCCCUUUGCCUCUAUCUAACUCAAGUCAAAGCCCAUGCUUGGCAUCUGGGCCUUUGCACACAGGAAAAGCCCCCCAUAGGGGCUGAAAAUCACCUCCGAAGCCGGAGAAUCAUGCAUUUUUUUUCCUAUUGCAUCUUUGUCAAACAAGGGUUCCUUGAAGAGAACCAAAGUAUUUUUAUCUAAAUGCCAACUUCAGCUAUUGGAUGAGCUAUGUUGGGAAAGUUUUUUGUGCCGGUAAAAGGCAAAUUAAAACAGACUUUUUUUUGUUACUUUUAGCCCAGGCAAGGCUAAUAAACAAAAAGAUGGUUUGCAAAACUGUAAAUUUCAACAACACAAAAAGCAAGCCUCACAUAAACGGCUAAUCACCUCUUGACAACGAGGCAGUUUUAGCAAAAUCUGAGGGCAUUGUAUGCCCCCAAGGUUUUUCUUUUCAUUUUUUUUGCAUUGACAUGUAGUCAUAGGGUUUAAAACUAGGAGAACAUGUAGUCAUAUUUUUAUAAAUGUUUUUUUCUACCAGAAAACAUCACUUCAGAUCUUAUUAUAAUAUGUCUGAAGCUAACAACAUCUUCUCUUAGGGAAAGGGAAGAUAAAGUUUACUUACUAACACUUGUUUCUUGUAAAUUCAUUGUGGCUAAACUUUGGAAGUAUUAGCCCAUUUUGAUUAAACCAUAUAUAGAAGGGUUAGUAGCGUUUGCCUUUUGCAUUUAGCUUUUCUAAUGUUUCAUCAUGAAAAGUAACUCCAUGAAUGGAUGUGGAGUUCGAAGCAUUUGCAUGUAACCCUGGGAGAUAUUUUGGUUCCUUAGGGUUCUUUUCUUCUAACGGACCAACCAUGGUUAGACUUAGGUAAUCACCAUCGCUCUCUCUCGAUCGCAAUAUCACUUCCCUUUCCUUUUCUUUCAUCCCUCUCUGUUGAACUUGUUAAUCUUUUUUAUGUAUAAGCCUAUGGAUUUGGAUUGUAACUAGGGAUUCUUUCUCCAUCCAUGACCUUGAUGCAUGGUUGAGAAUGAAUUUGCCACUUACUACUAUGCUUUCAUUUCAAACUCGUGUCUAUGUUGCUAAUGCUUUGUCCUUGAUCACCAAACUAUGAUGUCCUAAACUUCAAAUUUUGUUGUGUUUAAUUAUAUUUGGCUGAAAUUAUAACUA